UUAAAGGACAAUACCGUCAUUUCGGCGAAAAACCAGAGUUUCAAAAACCCUAGUUUCGUAACAUAGUAAUUGGGUCUUGAUCAAACUUCGUCUUCCAUUUUUCACUCCCAAGCGGCCCCAGCAGCUUAGCAGCUCUUCAAUCAGCAUUAAUUCCCAUGGCAUCGGAGAAGAAGCUUUCGAACCCAAUGAGGGAGAUCAGGGUCCAAAAGUUGGUCCUGAAUAUCUCAGUCGGUGAAAGCGGAGAUCGCCUCACCAGAGCAGCCAAGGUGCUAGAACAACUCAGUGGCCAGUCACCGGUCUUCUCCAAGGCAAGGUACACUGUCCGCUCCUUUGGGAUCAGGCGUAAUGAGAAAAUUGCUUGCUAUGUUACUGUGAGGGGUGAAAAGGCAAUGCAACUGCUGGAGAGCGGGUUGAAGGUUAAGGAAUACGAGUUGCUGCGUAGAAACUUUAGUGAUACUGGCUGUUUUGGCUUUGGUAUUCAGGAGCACAUUGAUCUUGGAAUCAAAUACGAUCCUUCUACUGGAAUUUAUGGAAUGGACUUCUACGUAGUUCUUGAACGCCCAGGAUACCGUGUAGGCCGUCGCCAUAGGUGCAAGUCUCGUGUUGGGAUUCAACAUCGGGUGACAAAGGAGGACUCCAUGAAAUGGUUUCAGGUGAAAUAUGAAGGUGUCAUCCUUAACAAGUCUAGUGCAAUCACAAAUUAGAAGCCCCAAGCAAGAAGUAACUCCUCUUUUUUGUAUGUUUGUGUUGUCCAUUUAUCUUUCAUUCCCAAUUCCAAAGUUUUGGCAAUCCUUCGUCUGACUGAUAUUUUGAGUUGAGUAAGAUCUGUUUCCUGUUUCAAAUUUCUGAUAGCAAUAUCUGUUUCUUCGUAAUUGAUGAAGUUGGUCUGUGGUAUUCAACAAUUUGAGGUUUCUUUCAUCAACCUGGA